CAAUGUGCGAGGGGCUUGAGCAUCAUGAUAUUUAACACACCCACCCUGAACAUCCGACAGAGGUAUUUCCUCAAGCGCCUGUCAACGGGCAAGCAUCACCUUCGCAUGAGCUGGAUGUUCAGCAAGAAACGUUGAAACUUUUUUCCAAAGAUUGCAUUUGUCGACGGAAGGAGGUGCGAUGCCACACUUUCUCGAAACCUGCCAGGGCUGCCAUGCGUCUCAUCGCUUUCAACGACUGAACAGCCUCGAUUUGUACCGGAUAAGAAGAGCGAAUGAACUUGUGCAGCUGUGAAAGCGAUCUGGUGCGUUGUACGAAUAGCGACAGAUGUGAGAUGGACCGCGGCAUCGCGAACACGCACUUUUGUGGAUGAUUUAUCCGACGAGGCUUGACUUAAUAAUAUUUCGCAAAUAUUUGCAGCUAUUAAAUGUUAAAACAGACUAUGAGUGACUGUGUCGGAGAUUGUUGUCGCGUCCGCACGGGAGGAAUUUAAUCGCAAGCGCACGUAAAUAACUGGAUUAUUGUUUCGCAUGGAUGUGGAUGAGCGCUUUGCUAAAUAAAUCCUCCUUUCUGCCCUUAAACUGGCAAAUGAAAACGAAAACGUUCCAUGUGUUCUUCUCAUAAAAUUGGGAGCCCGUGUUUUAUGUACUGUUGGCGAUGUAGUGCGCUUGCUCACUUUUAUCCCUGCCAUUCCAAACAAGUCUUUUCUCGAACAGGAGACCCUGAAGAUGAUCCUCUUUAGAAAAUUCCGCGUCUUGAUUCUGAUGGUGUUCCUUAUAGCCUGCUCGAUGCACAUUAUGAUAGACUUGUUACCGAAGCUGGAGAGACGGAGCAGUAGCGCGUGCUCUUGCUCACACACACCCAGCGAAGAGCCGCAGAACUGGGCUAAGCAUCGAGCCAAGCCGGGAUCAGAGUCCGGCUGGCCUAAUAAACACACACUCAGAAUACUUCAAGACUUCAGCAACGAGCCCAACUCAAACCUGUCCUCUCACUCGCUGGAAAAGAUCUCCGCUGGGGAGAGAGCCGAGGCUUUGAAAAGAUUUGAGCAGUUGACAGGUGACGAGAAGAGGCACGCAACACGGGACUCUACCUUGAAGAACGCAGUUCUCAAGGGUUCGAGGCUCUCCGCGCUAUUUGAGCAUCCUUUAUACACCAGGCCGUUGCCUCCUUUAACUGAUGAAGACACUUUAUUCAAUGUCAACACUGAUAUAAGAUUUGACCCUAAAGCUGCAGAAAACCCAGAGUGGAAUGGGGAAGGUAAAGACGGGGAUUAUGCUCCUACGGGCGAGAUGUCCUCAGACUCCUACCCAAACUGGCUUCGCUUCCACAUUGGGAUCAACCGAUAUGAGCUUUACUCCAGGCACAACCCGGUCAUAGAUGCAAUGCUGAAGGAUCUGGUGUCGCAGAGAAUUACCAGUGUCGCAAUGAAAUCUGGAGGCACGCAGCUGAAGCUCAUCAUGACAUUCCAGAACUAUGGCCAGGCGCUCUUCAAGCCCAUGAAGCAGACACGGGAGCAGGAGACACCCCCGGACUUCUUCUACUUCUCCGAUUUCGAGAGGCACAAUGCUGAGAUCGCAGCAUAUCAUCUAGACAGGAUCCUGGAUUUCCGUCGAGUGCCGCCAGUGGCUGGGCGAGUGGUGAAUAUGACCAAAGAGAUACGAGAUGUGACCCGUGACAAAAAGCUGUGGAGAACCUUUUUUAUUUCACCAGCCAAUAACAUCUGUUUCUACGGUGAAUGUUCGUACUACUGCUCCACUGAACAUGCUCUGUGUGGGAAGCCUGACCAGAUUGAGGGCUCUUUAGCAGCAUUUCUGCCCGACCUUGCCUUGGCCAAGCGCAGAACCUGGAGAAACCCCUGGAGGCGAUCUUAUCACAAACGCAAGAAAGCAGAGUGGGAGGUGGAUCCAGAUUACUGUGAAGAGGUGAAGCAGUCGCCACCCUAUGACAGCGGUACACGCCUGCUGGACAUCAUGGACAUGACCAUCUUUGAUUUCCUCAUGGGAAAUAUGGAUCGUCAUCAUUAUGAGACAUUUGAAAAAUUUGGAAAUGAAACUUUCAUUAUACACCUCGAUAAUGGAAGAGGCUUUGGUAAACAUUCUCAUGAUGAGCUCUCCAUACUGGUGCCUUUGAGUCAGUGCUGCAGGGUGAAGAAGUCCACUCAUUUACGGAUUCAGCUGUUGGCUAAGGAGGAGUACAAACUGAGCGCUCUGAUGGAGGAAAGUCUGCAGACCGACACGCUGUCGCCCAUCCUCAUUAGACCUCAUCUGGAGGCCAUGGAUCGCCGGCUACGCCUGGUGCUCCAGGUACUGGCCGACUGCAUUGAGAAGGAGGGCUACAGUAACGUAGUAGAGGACGACCUGGUCACAGAGGGCACAAACACGGGCACAGUCCCACAAAGGUAGUGGGCGCAGACUGAUCAGGCGCCCCCAGCGGGUCCUUUGAAGUCCCACCACAGCUCUAUAGACCAUGAACGUCUUGCAAGAGAUGCUCUUGUUGAUAAACUUUUCUGAAUUCAGUGAAUUCCAAAGACUCAUUCCACAACUAAUGGACCAUGUGUUAAAAUAAAGACACGCAGACAAAGAAAGGGACGGCGUUCUGCAGUCCUUCAUCCAAAAUAUAAGCUGAUCUUCACAUGUAACAGCCAGGUGGUUCUCAACUGGUGGAUUGUCAGCUUAAAAUGACUUGUCUGAUGUAGACAGCAAAGAAAAAACAACACUUAAAUGCAAAUAACAAAAUAAUUGUAAUAGAAAAUAAUACUAUAUUAAUUACCUUAUAAAAAUAAAACAGUUUGACAAAAAUGUGUUUUUCAAAAUGGUAAUUUUUCCUAUUCAGCCUAUGUUAUGUGCCUAUGCAGUUCUUGGUAGGCCUAAUAUUAAUAAUUAAGUAGAUUUUUAUUUUUAACUUCUGUAUGAUAAACAACUUUGGUUCUGUAUCGUGUUGCCACAUAUUGUCUCAUGUGAGAAGCAAUGCAAAACCAGUUGAGAACCACUGUUAUAAAGGAUCUAACUAAAUACAUAAAACUCAUGUAUUUCCAUGUUUUUACAGAAUAUCAUUUAUCCAGUAUUUGCUGAAAACUAUUUGAACUUUAGAGCUAUAGCAACUAUUUUUUUUUAAAGAAAUGAACAAAGGAUGUGGAGGACAGACCAACGGCUACAGUGGAUGUUUGGCUGAAGUUUUUGCAGCUAAAGAAGGCAACAUUUCAACUGACUUUUCAGUUCAAGCUUAUGAGGAACGACAGCUUCACGAACUCUCUCACCGCUGUAUGUGACGUGUGCACCCUUGUCUGAAUAUAUGUGGACUUUCAUGUCUUCAAAUAAAAUUCUUUAUACUCUCUCCAUACCAAGGAGGAAUAAGAGGAACUGUGCUUUCAAAUAGCAAUGUAUUUUUUCUUGACUUUAUUUAGGACAGAAAGCUUUGAGUGAAAUGUGAGUUUUCUCCCAAAAGUGUCCCGUAUGUCAUGUUAAGCUGAUCAGAGGUUAUUUAUUGAGUUCCAAAGGUUAUUUAUUAUUCCAAACAUGCCAAUCAUAAAUUCUGUUACAAAUCAAAGAGAUAGAUUCAAUCUAGUACAUUAAACCAGUUGCAGUAUUUGUGCUAGUGUGAGUAGAUAAGUAACAAUGUGCAGUAUAUGUUUGAAAAAAGUUGAUGGUUUACUGGAUUUCAGAGAAAUUGUAUCAUUUCCAGCAUAUCAAGAUUUUUUUUCAGUCAUAUUUAAGGCAAUAUCAAAAACUGAACGUUCAAACAUCAGUAAACAAUAUUGUCGAGUGUGUCUGCUGCAUUUCCACCCACAUGUGACCUAAAAAUGUAGCCCUUAAAUUGCACAAGGAUACUGAUUAAUAAUGUCAAAUCUAUGAAUCACUGUAGAAUUUUCAUGCUAUUAAACUACAAUUUUGAAAAACUG